AUGUACUGGUCGUCGUGGAAAAGUUUCUACGAAGCGUUCGACGAGUUCCAAGAGGCUACGUACCAGCGCUUCCCGUCCCGCACAAGUACUUCAAUUAAGUCCAGGAACAAGCAAAUUGCUGCCGCGCAGAAAGAGGUCAAAAAGAAACAAAGUAAGCCGAAGUCGAGAAAGGUUCGCGCCCACCGACAGAGCACAGGUAACACACUAUUGCCAGAGUCAUGGGAGAAAUACAGCAGGACGUUCGUGUGCACUCAUGGUAUUCCGUACGAAAGUCGUGGAGAAGGCUUGCGGCAGCAUGACGCCGUCCGUUUUGUGGCGUGUACUGCUCGUGUCAACGCACGGGUUUGUUGUCGACCGAGUGGCGUUGGAUUUCAUAUCGUUGUGAAUGCAACGGGAACGCACAGCCAUUCUCUCACCGAGCAUCAGUGGUAUAACUAUGCUGAGAACAGACGCGUCUUGGAUCCGGAGCUACACCGCGAUGUGGCAGUCAUGAGCAAGGCGGGGGCCAAGCCACGAGGGAUAUUAGGGUUAUCUUCGAGCCAAAACAGGUUGCGAACGAUUCUACGAGACGUGCAUAACAUGAUCCAGGACGCUAAGAAGUGCUUUAACGGAGGCCGAUCGGAUGCGGAGCGCGCUGUCUCCGUGCUGGACGAAUUCUGUGAGAUGAACACUGGAAAUGUGGCGGAGUUCGUCAUUGACAAGGAGACCAACGUGGUGCAAGUGAUAACGUUCCAGUCAGCGCGGCAGAAGCGUCUCUUUGCAGCCUUCCCCGAGGUUGUUCUGGUCGACUCGACUCAUAACAGCAACGCGAACCGUUACAAGCUGUUUAGCUUCGCAGUUCACAACAUCUUCGGCCGGGUGGGUAAAUGCUUUCAGGCCCUAACCAAAAAUGUACUGAACAUUUGUAUAAUUUUCUGUGUGGUUUAUUUUCUUAGGGUCAAUUCGUGCAACAUGCAUGGCUGUGAAUUCCUGGAUUUUCGAGAGAAGCUCUGGCUGCACUCGGGGUCUAUCAUCGGUGGCCUUUUGGCACUCCAAUCCGAGUAUUUGGAUGUUGCCAUUGUCAACUCGUUUUUACGGCUUUGA